AUGGACUGGUAUUCGAAUCCCAAUCCUUCUCAAGGAGGCCGAUGGGCCGAACAGGACGUGAAAGAACUCAGACGGAAACUCAUCACCGCGAACCAUAUCUUGCACCACCACGGCGUGGUCGACGCAUAUGGCCACAUUUCCAUACGCCACCCGCAAAAUGCUGACAUCUAUAUCAUGUGUGGGUACAUGGCACCAGCGCUUGUUUCCAGCCCCGACGACCUGAUCGAGUACUGGGUCAAGGAUUCUAGCACAGUUGACCUAAACGCCAAGAAGGGCUACUCGGAGCGGUUCAUACACGGCGAGAUAUUCAGGAUGUAUCCGACUAUCAAUUGCGUGAUCCACAGCCAUGCUGAAGAUGUCCUUCCCUAUGUCGCAGCUACCGGUGUGCAGUUGCUACCGGUGUUCCACAUGGCGGGCUUUCUAGGUGCCCGGGUCCCUAUCUUUGAUAUCGCGAAGGUGUAUGAACAGGGCGAUCGUCAGGAUAUGCUCGUACGCAAUGCGCGUUUUGGCACAGCUCUAGCCGAGGCAUUCUCCGUAAACCCCGCGUCGGGGUCUCCAAAGCCUGAUCGAAAUGUUGUGCUGAUGAAGAGGCAUGGGUAUACCACGCAUGGCACAGACAUUGAGACGGCUGUUUAUAGGGCUAUUUACACGAAGAUCAAUGCCAGUGCGCAAACUCGUACUGCGAUUAUACGAAGCGCAUUCUUAGUAGAGGGAGGUAGUGCCACUAAAGGCGAUGAUGGCUUCGAGGCAAUGUCGGAGGAGAUGAUAGAAGGAUGUAGGAUCAUGAACGAGGGGACACAGGACAAACCCUGGAGGCUGUGGGCGGCGGAGGUGGAGAACUUGGACUUAUACGUAAACAAUGGAUGA